AAUUAACCUUAUCAGUUUUAUCAACUGACAUCAUGUUUACAAGCACGUACACUUAAAAAAAAUAUCUGAUGUGUAACAAGAGAAGCAAUAAUAACUAAGUACACAAGUGAUAUCUAGUCUGAAUAAUAAAGUAACGAUUUAAUUAGCCAGCACUAUUUAAAAAAAUGCAUUAUUUUUUAAAUCUAUUAAAAAUUAAAAAAUUUUUUAAGUAGCCACAGUAUUUAAAAAAAUAUAUUUUAUGCGUAAUAACAAAAUCUAGUAAAUAGUCAUAAGUUAUUAGAAUUUCUUGAUACAAUAAUUUUCCAAAUAUAGUAUUAAAUAUCUUAUUUAUUAGUUUAACUUUUUUUAAAUAAUAUAUUAAUAUUUUUACUAUUGGUAUAAUUAUUUGUUGAUUACCUAUCUUAUAUAUUUCUUUAAUAAUAGUCGCUAUUAUUUAUAUUUAUUCUGUUUUAUGUCCUUUCUAAAUGGGGACGGAAAACCUACAUAGUCCAGUGAAACAGAAUUGAACCCUGGUACCUUAACACUGAGUUUAACAGUGUAUUUCUGAAAUUAAAUGGCAGUAUUACGUUUUUUAUUUAUUAUUCCACUAUUUUUUGUUUCAUUACUAUGGCUUUAUUAUCUUAUACAGCUAGCACCAAUCACAGAAAAUCAAUGCGAAAUAAAAUUGUUUCCAAAAAAAAUGAAUGAUAUAACUAAACUGAACUCUUGUUUAAAAGUUUAUUAUGAAAAAAACUUUUUUUAUGUUUUGAUACUAUUUUGCAGCAUUUAUAUAUUUAAGCAAACAUUUUGUAUACCAGGUUCUGUUAUAUUGAAUGUACUAGCAGGAUCUCUAUUUGGAUCAAUUUAUGGAUUUCUUUUAGUAUGCAUUUUAUCCAGUAUUGGUGUUUCUUCAUGUUAUUUACUAUCUAAAAUUUGUUGUAUUGAAGAAGUAUUAAUCAAAUUCCUCCCUAGUCAAUUAAGAUCAUCCAAAACUACAUUGGAAAAUUUAGUUAGUAAUAAUAAAAAUCAACUAUGGUAUCUACUACUUGUUUUACGGAUAAUUCCAAUAACUCCAAACUGGCUAUUAAAUUUAAUUGCACCAAUUGUAAGAAUUCCUUUAUGGACUUUUAUGUACACCACUUUCUUUGGUUUGAUGCCUUACAAUUAUAUUUGCUGUCAAAGUGGGGAAACUAUCUCCAGUAUUCAGUCAUUGGAUGAAAUUUUUUCUUUCAAGACUACUAUGCAAAUAAUGUCAAUAGCUGUUGCAAUGGUAAUAAUCAAAAUUGCAUCAAAAUUUUGUAAAUUACAAACUCAAUAAAUUAAAAAUUUUAUCAUUUAUGAUUAAUA